GCCGAGCCCUUGGCCUGGAGGCGAUAUGGGUGGUCUGUGGCCGGGUUCAGUCGUCCGCAGCCGCCUGGGGAAAAGGCCUGUCUGGCCCUGAGAGAGUCCUCUUUUCGAAGUGGUGGUGCUUGGACGACCUGCUCUCUACAUUGCUGGGCACCUGUAGGUGUCCCUCGAGAGCUCAGUUUUGAGGUUCAAGUCAGUGUGGCCAUGAAGGGGCUGCCUAUUGGGCUGAUGCUGUGACCCUGGAGUCUGCCUUUCCUGCCAGUCCCCCUGCCCGGAACAUGUGGCUGCGGCUUGGCCCGCCCUCGCUGUCCCUGAGCCCCACGCCCACAGUUGGCCGGAGCCUGUGCCUCACCCUGUGGUUCCUCAGUUUGGUGCUGAGGGCCAGUACCCAGGCCCCAGCACCCACAGUCAAUACUCACUUUGGGAAGCUAAGGGGUGCCCGGGUACCAUUGCCCAGUGAGAUUCUGGGGCCUGUGGACCAAUACCUGGGGGUGCCCUAUGCAGCUCCCCCCAUCGGCGAGAAACGUUUCCUGCCCCCUGAACCACCCCCAUCCUGGUCGGGCAUCCGGAACGCCACACACUUUCCCCCAGUGUGCCCCCAGAACAUCCAUACAGCUGUACCCGAAGUCAUGCUACCAGUCUGGUUCACUGCCAACUUGGAUAUCGUCGCUACUUAUAUCCAGGAGCCCAACGAAGACUGCCUCUACCUGAAUGUCUAUGUGCCCACGGAGGAUGUAAAGCGGAUUUCCAAGGAAUGCGCCCGAAAGCCCAACAAGAAAAUUUGUAGGAAAGGAGGAUCCGGCGCUAAGAAACAGGGCGAGGACUUAGCGGAUAAUGACGGGGAUGAAGAUGAAGACAUCCGGGACAGUGGUGCUAAGCCUGUCAUGGUCUACAUCCACGGAGGUUCUUACAUGGAAGGGACAGGCAACAUGAUUGAUGGCAGCGUCCUUGCGAGUUAUGGCAAUGUCAUCGUCAUCACCCUCAACUAUCGGGUCGGGGUGCUAGGUUUCCUGAGCACUGGGGAUCAGGCUGCCAAGGGCAACUAUGGGCUCCUUGACCAAAUCCAGGCCCUCCGCUGGGUGAGCGAGAAUAUUGCCUUCUUUGGAGGAGAUCCCCGUCGUAUCACUGUCUUUGGCUCAGGCAUCGGUGCAUCCUGUGUCAGCCUCCUCACACUAUCACAUCAUUCUGAGGGGCUUUUCCAGAGAGCCAUCAUCCAAAGUGGCUCUGCUCUGUCCAGCUGGGCUGUGAACUACCAACCAGUGAAGUAUACCAGCUUGCUGGCAGACAAAGUGGGCUGUAACGUGCUGGACACCGUGGAUAUGGUCGAUUGUCUUCGGCAAAAGAGCGCCAAGGAGCUGGUAGAACAGGACAUUCAGCCAGCCCGCUACCAUGUAGCCUUUGGUCCUGUGAUUGAUGGUGAUGUCAUUCCUGAUGACCCUGAGAUCCUUAUGGAACAGGGAGAAUUCCUCAAUUAUGAUAUCAUGCUAGGGGUCAACCAGGGUGAGGGUCUCAAGUUUGUGGAAGGGGUAGUGGACCCUGAGGAUGGUGUCUCUGGCACUGACUUUGAUUACUCUGUCUCCAACUUUGUGGACAAUCUGUAUGGCUAUCCUGAGGGUAAAGACACCCUGAGGGAGACCAUCAAGUUCAUGUACACAGACUGGGCAGACCGUGACAACCCUGAGACCCGCCGUAAAACACUGGUGGCACUCUUCACUGACCACCAGUGGGUGGAGCCUUCGGUAGUGACAGCUGAUCUGCACGCCCGCUAUGGCUCACCUACCUACUUCUAUGCCUUCUACCAUCACUGCCAGAGCCUCAUGAAGCCCGCUUGGUCAGAUGCAGCUCAUGGGGAUGAAGUGCCCUAUGUUUUUGGUGUCCCUAUGGUAGGUCCCACUGACCUUUUCCCCUGCAACUUCUCCAAGAAUGAUGUUAUGCUCAGUGCUGUUGUUAUGACCUAUUGGACCAACUUUGCCAAGACCGGGGAUCCCAACAAGCCGGUACCCCAGGACACCAAGUUCAUUCACACCAAAGCCAACCGCUUUGAGGAAGUGGCCUGGUCUAAAUACAAUCCCCGGGACCAGCUCUACCUUCACAUCGGGCUGAAACCAAGGGUCCGUGAUCAUUACCGAGCCACCAAGGUGGCCUUUUGGAAACACCUGGUGCCCCACCUGUACAACCUGCAUGACAUGUUCCACUAUACAUCCACGACCACCAAAGUGCCGCCCCCGGACACCACCCACAGCUCCCACAUCACCCGCAGGCCUAAUGGCAAGGCAUGGAGCACCAAGCGGCCAGCCAUCUCACCUGCCUACAGCAAUGAGAAUGCCCCUGGGUCCUGGAACAGGGACCAGGACGCAGGGCCGCUCCUGGUCGAGAACCCUCGAGACUACUCCACUGAAUUGAGUGUCACCAUCGCCGUGGGGGCCUCCCUCCUGUUUCUCAAUGUGCUGGCCUUUGCUGCCCUCUACUACCGUAAGGACAAACGGCGCCAGGAGCCCUUGAGGCAGCCUAGCCCUCAGAGGGGAACUGGUGCCCCAGAAUUGGGAACUGCUCCGGAGGAGGAGCUGGCAGCAUUACAGCUGGGCCCCACUCACCAUGAGUGUGAGGCUGGUCCCCCCCAUGACACACUGCGCCUCACUACAUUGCCUGAUUACACUCUGACCCUGCGACGCUCCCCUGAUGACAUCCCACUCAUGACUCCCAAUACCAUUACUAUGAUCCCCAACUCCCUUGUCGGGCUACAAACAUUGCACCCCUAUAACACCUUUGCCGCAGGGUUCAACAGUACUGGGCUGCCCCACUCACACUCUACUACCCGUGUAUAGCUCUAGCCCAGAGCACAGCCCAUCUCCCAGUUCCUUCCCUCCCAGACCCACAAACACACAUGCACACACAAACACAUAUAUGUACACGCACGCACCCACACCUUACAGCAGACCCAUCUGCACAAACACAGACAGAUGUGGACAUGCACCCGCAUGUACAAAAACACAAAUCCAGAAGUGAACCUGAACAGACCCUUCAAGUGGGGACACAUAUGAGUCCUUGGUACCAAGGACCCAUGGAACAGCAGCUGGAACCAGCUCCCUGAGCCCGACCACAGACACUCCUGGGGGCCCUGGAAGCUACAGCCAGACACCCCCUUGGUGCUUGCCUUCGGCCUCUCUCGGAACUGCACCACUGACCACCUGCAGACUCGGGAGCUUUAAAGAGCGGGAUAGCUCUUCCUCCCCAAGACUUGGUCUUUUUUUCUGGGUCUUGUUUUUGUUGAUUUUUUAAAUAAUAUUUGGAACCAAUGCUUUUCCAACCACUUGAGUGCUAAGCAGCUCUGGAAGGGAGGACCCCAGCUCAGGACUCUCUGGUUCUGGGGCUCCCAGUAUUCACAUAAUCAGACCAAGGAAAAGGACCCCCAAGAAAGAAACAGAUUGGAACAAGACUAUGGGGUGAAAGGAGGAAGAGGCUAGCAAUGGAUGGGGAUGGAGGGCCAUCGAGGAUAGGUCACCAAAUGGCUCUGUGUUUCCAUGGAGGACUGCAGAGCCUCGAAGUGGUCUGCUUCUCCAACAGCCAGUAGCAUAAGCCUGGCUAGACUAGGGGAGCCUAGGUUUGGUGAACAAAGUACUGUGGAGACCGUGUCCUUGGUGAGCCCGCUGGUAUAUAAUCUGGGUUCUGCCUCUGCCCUUGGGGAAAUGAUAUCAGAAAUUUGCCCCAUUUUCUUUACAGUCUCUUUGUGUCUGUCAUUUCUCUUUCAAAACAGCGGGUUGUUUUUUUUUGUUGUUGUUGGUGGUGGUGGUGGUGGU